GCUCCACCCUCGGCUUGUAAACGCCCACUGACGCGCACGGACUGUUAGGAAACAGUGGCAUCGUGUCUUUUUCAGAGAAUCAUUAUAUUGCUGUUCGACAGCGUCAAGAAACAUUGAAGCUUGAAGUCUUGUUUUCAUUGCUGACCAUGCGCAUUAACAGGUCAUCGAGUGGACUCCAAACUGCUCUGCUGGUACUGCUGGCCAGUUGUCAAUGCAUCUCAGCAAACACCGAUACUCUCCUUCCUCCAGAGGUCUCUCAGUACAAUGGCACUCUGUAUGCAGCCUGCAAAGUGAGACCCAGCACUUCACUUCCUGAGGGGCUUCCCAAGGUAUACGGGCAGGUGCUGUUCAAACAGGAGCAGUCUGAGGGAAAGCUUCAAGUCCUCCUUCGGCUCAAUGGCUUCCCAGCAGAGGACGCUCCAGAACCCAGAGCCGUGCACAUCCAUCAGUACGGAGACCUGAGCCGGGGAUGCGAUUCAACCGGUGGCCACUACAACCCGUUUAGUGUGAACCAUCCUAAACACCCGGGAGACUUUGGCAACUUCGUCUCACAGGAAGGACAAAUCAUUGAGCUGAUUGAAUCAGAGGCCACCCUGUUUGGAGGCCUGUCUGCGCUCGGAAGAGCGGUGGUGAUCCAUGAGAAGAGAGACGACCUGGGGCUCGGCGGAGACAUCGGGAGCCUGCUCCAUGGGAACGCAGGCCGCAGGCUUGCCUGCUGCGUUAUCGGGAUGUCCUCCUCCAGCGUCUGGAAUACGCAGCAUGAGCGUUUCGCAAGGCAGCUUAGGAGGAAUUAGGUUCACAAGACAGGAGUGUUGUUUGACAGAAUUUAUCCAAGUGUUGAGUAGUUGGGAGGAUAAAUUCAUGGUUUACUAAGAAUUCAAUUUUAAGCCAAAAGUGCUAUAAAUGGUACAGUUUAUAUGUGAACUUUUGUUGACCUUAACUUGAACAUUAUUGACUUUACUACUCCUCUGAAAUUUACUCUAAUUACCUGGAUAAUAUGUAUUGGACAGCAACUAUCAUAUUUUGUAACGUAUUAAAAAUAAUCAAUCCAAUCAAUAUAAAAACUGAGUAUUGAGUCUGUUACAAAGUGUCAUAAUCUGGCCCUUGUGUGCAUGUAUUUUUUUUUGUUUGUUUUAAACACUUACAUUUAGCAGAUGUUUAAGAAAACAA